GGCGUUGUGGAGCCGAAGCUGAUGUGUGCAUACGCCGCCAAAUACUACAAGGACUGUAAGGACAUCCUCACCUCGCGAAGGCCGGAGGAAGGGGCAGACACAAUGUUGGCUAGCUCAACAGGCCACUGGGAUAACACAACAAGUCACCUAGCUAUUAAUGCGAAACUGGAUCUCGAUCGACCUGCCACGGAAGAAGAAGCAGCACAGGACCUCCAAGCUAUGGCGAAUGGGAAAACACCCGGAAAUGAUGGGCUUCCAGUGGAGUUUUAUCGGAAGCACUGGAGGGUGAUUGGUAAAGACCUAGUGGAAGUCUACAAUGAAGUCCUAACCGGAGGAAAGCUCCCGAGCAGGUCCUGCAAAGGCAUCAUCUCAAUUCUGUUUAAGAAGGGAGAUAUGAAUGAGAUAAGGAACUGGCGCCCGAUGUCCCUGUUGAAUGCGGCAUCCWACAAGAUUCUGGCCAAACUGCUCGCCAAAAGGCUUGGAAAGUACCUACCGUUGUUAGUACAAGACGACCAAGCUGCAUUUGUGAGAGGUAGAUCCAUCUUUGAGAACAUUUUUAUGGCAAUUGAAGCGCUGGAGGUGGUAAGCAAUGAGGAGCRCGACAUUGCUAUCUUGAUGCUGGAUACGGUGAAGGCAUACGACCGGGUCAAUUGGUUGUACGUUCUGACAACACUAAGAUGGAUGGUAUUCGGCGAUAUGUUCAUCACAUGGGUGAUAGCCCUGUAUUCAUUUUCCACCGCCUCGGUGAUGGUGAACAGGCAUUAGUGGACCACCUUCUCCCUCACACGGUCACUGAGACAGGGUUGCCCACUUGCACUCUUACUGUUCAUCAUUCACCUGGAAGUCCCGCUGAAUAACAUAAGGGUACACACAGAAAUCCAAGGGCUCCAAUUUGAUGACACRAUGUGUACGGUGAAAGCACUCACAUUGCCAAAUGAUCUCUUUGCAAUCUCUCAGAACUGGAAGGACUGAAUGGGAGCCUUGCGCCAGUGCCUCAGACAGUAUGAGCAACUCUCGGAAGCAGCAAUUAACUGGACGAAAUCUGUGUUCUUCCUUCCAAGCAAAUUCGCGSCAGUGGUGGACUGGGGAAUGAAAAGGGUCAAAGGGGCAGAUUCGGAGGCUUUUUGGGUGGGCAGAUCUCCCUGCUCCCAAGUGGAGCCCAACAAGAUCAGAUAAUUGAACAUAAAGUGAUGCA